AUGGACUUCCACACCCGCUGGAAAGCGCGCGGCGCGCUGCGCCCCGGCGUCCCCCUGCUGUCCCCGCCGCCGCUGCCGCUGCUGCUGCUGCUGCUGCUGCUGCGGGCGCCGCCUCCGAGCCGCGCAGCCCAGCCAGCAGAUCUCCUGAAGGUUCUAGAUUUUCACAACCUGCCUGAUGGAAUAACCAAGACAACAGGUUUCUGUGCGACGCGGCGAUCGUCCAAAGGCCCAGACGUGGCAUACAGAGUCACGAAGGAUGCCCAGCUCAGCGCGCCCACCAAGCAGCUGUACCCAGCAUCUGCUUUUCCGGAGGACUUCUCCAUUCUCACCACUGUGAAAGCCAAGAAGGGCAGCCAGGCCUUCCUGGUCUCCCUCUACAACGAACAGGGCAUCCAGCAGAUGGGCCUGGAGAUGGGCCGCUCUCCCGUCUUCCUCUACGAGGACCACACGGGGAGGCCAGGGCCAGAGGACUACCCCUUGUUCAGGGGCAUCAACCUGUCAGACGGCAAGUGGCACCGAAUCGCGCUCAGCGUCCACAAGAAGAACGUCACCCUGAUCUUGGACUGCAAGAAGAAGACCACUAAGUUCCUCGACCGCAGCGACCACCCCCUGAUCGAUGUCAAUGGCAUCAUCGUCUUCGGGACCCGGAUUCUGGAUGAGGAAGUGUUUGAGGGCGACAUCCAGCAGCUGCUCUUCGUCUCGGACCCCCGGGCCGCGUACGACUACUGCGAGCACUACAGCCCCGACUGCGACACGGCCGCCCCGGACACCCCCCAGUCGCAGGACCCCAACCCCGACGACUACUACCCGGAAGGAGAGGGCGAAGGUGAGGCCUACUACUACGAGUACCCCUACUACGAAGACCCCGAGGACCCCGGCAAGGAGCCCGCCCCCACCCAGAAGCCCGUGGAGGCCGCCAGAGAGACCACGGAGAUCGCUGAGGAGCUGACCCUGCCCCCCACGGACGCCCCUGCGGUGCCUGCCGCCAACGAGGGGGCCGGGAAGGAGGAGGACCCCGGCAUCGGGGACUAUGACUACAUCCCCGUGGAGGACUACUACACGCCGCCCCCCGACGAGGGCCUCAACUACGGCGAGGGCCCCGACAGCCCCGACCGGCCCACCGACACAGGCGCGGGGCCCGGGGUGCCCACCGCGGCCGCCAACACCUCCAACCCGGCUCCGGGGGACGGGAAGGACGACCUGGACGAGAAGUUCACGGAGGAGACCAUCCCGAACCUGGACGAGAACUACUACGACUCCUACUACGACCCCACCGUGUCCCCGUCCGAGAUCGGGCCCGGCAUGCCCGCCAACCAGGACACCAUCUAUGAAGGGAUUGGAGGACCUCGGGGCGAGAAAGGACAGAAAGGAGAACCCGCCGUCAUAGAACCGGGCAUGCUCAUAGAGGGGCCGCCCGGCCCAGAAGGCCCUGCCGGUCUACCAGGGCCUCCAGGAACGAUGGGUCCCACUGGCCAAGCGGGUGACCCUGGAGAACGGGGCCCCCCUGGACGCCCAGGACUUCCUGGGGCGGAUGGGCUGCCCGGCCCCCCUGGGACCAUGCUCAUGCUGCCGUUCCGGUUCGGAGGGGGCGGCGAUGCAGGCUCUAAAGGCCCCAUGGUCUCGGCACAGGAGUCCCAGGCUCAGGCCAUUCUCCAGCAGGCCCGGCUGGCGUUGCGGGGGCCGGCCGGCCCGAUGGGUCUUACUGGGAGACCCGGCCCUGUGGGCCCCCCCGGGAGUGGAGGCUUGAAGGGCGAGCCUGGAGACAUGGGGCCACAGGGUCCCCGCGGGGUGCAGGGCCCCCCUGGUCCCACUGGAAAGCCGGGGAGAAGGGGCCGGGCUGGAAGUGAUGGAGCAAGAGGGAUGCCGGGGCAGACUGGCCCCAAGGGUGACCGCGGCUUCGACGGCCUGGCUGGGCUGCCGGGAGAGAAGGGCCAUCGGGGUGACCCUGGUCCUUCCGGCCCGCCGGGCCCUCCGGGAGACGACGGAGACAGGGGUGAUGACGGAGAAGUGGGACCCAGAGGACUGCCCGGGGAGCCCGGGCCACGUGGUCUACUGGGGCCAAAGGGGCCCCCCGGCCCUCCUGGACCUCCCGGCGUGACAGGGAUGGACGGCCAGACAGGCCCAAAAGGAAAUGUGGGACCCCAGGGAGAGCCUGGCCCCCCAGGACAGCAGGGCAAUCCAGGUGCCCAGGGUCUCCCAGGCCCCCAGGGUGCCAUCGGUCCUCCAGGAGAGAAGGGCCCCUUGGGUAAGCCAGGCCUCCCAGGAAUGCCCGGCGCUGACGGACCCCCGGGGCAUCCUGGCAAAGAAGGCCCGCCCGGAGAGAAAGGAGGCCAGGGUCCGCCUGGCCCCCAGGGUCCCCUCGGCUACCCAGGUCCCCGAGGCGUCAAGGGCGCAGAUGGCAUCCGCGGCCUGAAGGGCACCAAGGGCGAGAAGGGUGAAGAUGGCUUUCCUGGAUUCAAGGGCGACAUGGGCAUCAAGGGUGACAGGGGGGAGGUCGGCCCACCUGGGCCCAGAGGAGAAGACGGCCCCGAGGGCCCGAAGGGGCGUGGGGGCCCCAACGGCGACCCCGGGCCCCUGGGCCCCCCCGGGGAGAAGGGAAAGCUUGGAGUGCCGGGGCUGCCGGGCUACCCAGGAAGACAAGGGCCGAAGGGCUCGAUUGGAUUCCCUGGCUUCCCGGGCGCCAAUGGAGAGAAGGGUGGCAGGGGCACGCCUGGCAAGCCGGGACCCCGGGGACAGCGAGGACCCACGGGUCCGCGGGGUGAGCGAGGCCCCCGGGGCAUUACUGGGAAGCCUGGCCCCAAGGGCAACUCCGGAGGUGACGGUCCCGCCGGCCCCCCUGGAGAACGGGGACCCAAUGGACCCCAAGGACCCACAGGCUUUCCUGGACCAAAGGGCCCCCCGGGUCCUCCGGGCAAGGAUGGGCUCCCGGGACACCCUGGACAGAGAGGCGAGACGGGCUUUCAAGGCAAGACCGGCCCUCCAGGGCCCCCCGGCGUGGUCGGCCCUCAGGGCCCCACGGGGGAAACUGGCCCAAUGGGCGAGCGUGGCCACCCAGGGCCUCCGGGGCCCCCCGGUGAGCAGGGGCUCCCGGGCGCUGCUGGAAAGGAAGGGACGAAGGGUGACCCAGGCCCCGCCGGCAUCCCGGGGAAAGACGGUCCUCCCGGGCUACGCGGCUUCCCUGGGGAUCGCGGGCUCCCGGGCCCAGUGGGAGCACUUGGACUGAAGGGCAGCGAGGGCCCCCCUGGCCCACCAGGCCCCGCGGGCUCUCCGGGGGAGAGAGGCCCGGCUGGUGCCGCUGGGCCCAUCGGAAUUCCAGGGAGACCCGGACCCCAGGGACCCCCAGGGCCGGCCGGGGAGAAAGGAGCACCUGGCGAGAAGGGCCCCCAGGGCCCAGCUGGCCGUGAUGGCCUGCAGGGACCCGUGGGGCUCCCGGGUCCAGCCGGCCCCGUGGGUCCCCCUGGAGAAGACGGAGACAAGGGAGAGAUCGGGGAGCCUGGACAGAAGGGCAGCAAAGGGGACAAAGGCGAACAGGGUCCGCCCGGGCCCACAGGGCCGCAGGGCCCCAUUGGACAGCCCGGCCCCUCUGGAGCGGACGGGGAGCCGGGCCCUCGGGGCCAGCAGGGCCUUUUUGGGCAGAAAGGGGAUGAAGGCUCCAGAGGCUUCCCUGGGCCCCCUGGGCCUGUGGGGCUGCAGGGCCUGCCGGGCCCCCCAGGCGAGAAGGGGGAGACGGGGGACGUGGGCCAGAUGGGCCCCCCCGGCCCCCCUGGCCCCCGAGGACCCUCGGGCUCUCCAGGUGCUGACGGGCCUCGGCCCCCCGGUGGCAUAGGCAAUCCUGGUGCUGUGGGAGAGAAGGGAGAGCCUGGCGAAGCUGGAGACCCUGGCCUUCCCGGAGAAGGGGGCCCCCCGGGACCCAAAGGAGAGAGGGGAGAGAAGGGCGAGUCGGGACCUUCGGGUGCUGCUGGACCCCCUGGACCCAAAGGCCCUCCCGGAGACGACGGGCCCAAAGGCAGCCCCGGCCCGGUCGGUUUCCCUGGAGAUCCCGGCCCCCCGGAGAACCCGGCCCCGCGGUAGGGUCAAGAUGGUCCCCCUGGUGACAAAGGAGAUGAUGGUGAAGCCGGGCAAACGGGGUCCCCGGGCCCGACCGGUGAGCCGGGUCCCUCUGGGCCUCCAGGAAAAAGGGGUCCCCCCGGCCCCGCAGGCCCUGAAGGCAGACAGGGGGAGAAAGGCGCCAAGGGAGAAGCUGGCUUGGAAGGCCCUCCUGGGAAGACUGGCCCCAUCGGCCCCCAGGGGGCCCCUGGCAAGCCGGGCCCCGAUGGCCUGAGAGGCAUCCCCGGCCCCGUGGGUGAACAAGGCCUCCCGGGAUCUCCAGGCCCCGAUGGGCCCCCCGGCCCCCUGGGCCCCCCAGGGCUCCCUGGCCUCAAAGGAGAUUCUGGCCCCAAAGGAGAAAAGGGCCACCCCGGCUUGAUCGGACUCAGGCCCCCAGGCGAACAGGGCGAAAAGGGCGACCGCGGGCUCCCCGGCCCCCAGGGCUCCUCCGGCCCCAAGGGAGAGCAGGGCAUCGCUGGUCCCUCGGGCCCCAUCGGCCCCCCGGGCUUCCCAGGCUUGCCGGGUCCUCCUGGCCCCAAAGGUGCUAAGGGCUCCUCGGGUCCAACCGGCCCCAAGGGUGAGGCAGGCCACCCAGGACCCCCGGUCCCCCGGUAAGGCCCCCCGGGCGAGGUCAUCCAGCCCCUGCCGAUCCAGGCGUCCCGGACGCGGCGGAACAUUGACGCCAGCCAGCUGCUGGACGAGGCGGAGAGCGAGAGCUACGUGGACUACGCGGACGGCAUGGAGGAGGUGUUCGGCUCGCUCAACUCCCUGAAGCUAGAGAUCGAGCAGAUGAAGCGGCCGCUGGGCACCCAGCAGAACCCCGCCCGCACCUGCAAGGACCUGCAGCUCUGCCACCCCGACUUCCCAGACGGUGAAUACUGGGUCGACCCCAACCAAGGCUGCUCCGGGGACUCCUUCAAAGUCUACUGCAACUUCACGGGCGGCGGGGCCACCUGCGUCUUCCCCGACAAGAAGUCGGAGGGGAGUAAGAUGGCCCGCUGGCCCAAAGAGCGGCCCUCCACCUGGUAUAGCCAGUACAAGCGAGGGGCCCUGCUCUCCUACGUGGACGCCGAGGGCAGCCCCGUGGGCGUGGUGCAGAUGACCUUCCUGCGGCUGCUCAGCGCCUCUGCCCAGCAGAACAUCACCUACAACUGCUACCAGUCGGUGGCCUGGCAGGACGCCACCACGGGCGGCUAUGACAAGGCCAUCCGCUUCCUGGGCUCCAACGACGAGGAGAUGUCCCACGACAACAGCCCCUACAUCCGCGCCCUGGUGGACGGCUGCGCGACCAAGAAGGGCUACCAGAAGACCGUCCUGGAGAUCGACACCCCCCGGGUGGAGCAGGUCCCCAUCGUGGACAUCAUGUUCAACGACUUCGGCGAGGCAUCCCAGAAGUUCGGAUUCGAAGUGGGGCCGGCUUGCUUCCUGGGCUAGGAGCCAGCCCCGGCCCCAGAGCAACCUCGUGACCUCAGCACGUCUGCGGGGGUCCUGGACAGUGAAGGCCCUCGCCCCUCCCCUGACCUCGUCUGCGCCCCGGCCCCAGGCCGUGCCGGACCCCAAACCCAGAGAGAGUGAAGGGAAGAGCCAGCGUGUGCCCCACCCCAGAGCCGAAUCACAUGACCUAGACCCCAGCGCCGCCUCCAGCCCGGUGGUCGACACCCCCCUCCUCGGGGCAGCCCCUCCGCACGCUGCCUGCCCGCUGCCCCCGGUGCUCAGGGAGAGGCCCGGCGGGCGGGCGCAGCAUCGGAAACCACCUUGUUUUAAUUUGACUUGAAGAUGUGCGUCUCCCCGACCUUCACAACGCUCGAGGCCAGCCUCGUGAAGGUCACCGCCCGCCAGAGCCUCCGGGCUCAGCAGCCGUCACGGGCCGGACGCCCUCUGCACGGGCCUCUCGAAGGAUCAAGGUGCUCUCGUUUCUGUGAGUGUUCAGUCGAUACUCGUGUUGUGUUGUCCUACGUGUCCAGUCCACGCCUCUCAAGCGGGCAGGUGAGCCCAGCCUCGCCCCCGGGACGGUGGGGGACGGCGGGCGUCCGUUCCGGGAUGCACCCCGACUCCGGUGAGAAAUGCCCCCCCAAGAGCACGUGCUGACCUGGCCAUUGCCCAGGGCAGCGAGAACUCCUGCCGCCUUCCAGAAAGCGGGCGCCCAGCAGCUCUGGAUUUUGUUUCAGUGGGGAGGAAACAAAGAAUUUCGUACCUUGCCUUUCUGCGUGCACUUGGAUUCCAGCGCAGGGUUAAAUUAAUUUUAAUUGCUUGCUUUUUCCCUUCUUCCUGCAGAGCCUGGUGGGAGGGCCCGGGCAGGGCAGCCACAUUUUCCGUAGAUGUUAAUGAAAACCGGUGCUUCCCCGUCCCCUUCCCUUUUGUGGUGCUAUCUGUUUUAAGAUCUCCUUGAAGGCAGCCCUGGGGGUGCCCGGCCGUGCCUCAUGCUCCCACCUUGCUCGAGCCUGGCUCUGCCCCCCAGAUCCGAGUUUUGGCCAAGGACGCAGGGAUAAGUGAGCGUCCCGAGGUCUGACACCAGGGGGACGCGGCACGGCUGCGCUUUGGAAACACACGUGCACACACGUGCACACAUGCACGCAUGCACGCACACACACUACAAAGGCCCAUCCCGGCUGAGCGUGGCGUGAGGACGGCAGACCGUACCCUUUGCCGAACGUUUGUGGUGCUAAUUCCUGUGUUUGUUCCGAGAACUGAGUGGAAGGUGCCGUGGGCCCCGCGCCGCGUGCCGGGCCCGCCAUGACCUGGGCAGGCGGGGAAUGUGCAAUGUACUGUGAGUCCCCCCAGGCGGCCAGCGGGCCCCUCCCCCAGAGCCGUCGAGGCCCCGCCUGCGAACACCCUCGAGGCCAGAGAGGCCACCCUGUGGGCACGGACCGAGCUUACUGUGAAAAGCUGCUGUCGCCUGCCCGUGCCUUCCGCCCUGCACACCCUCGGGGCCGCCUGGCCCGGCCCGACGCGGCCCCGGGGACGGGAGCGCCCGCCAGCCUCUCCCGACCACCAACCACCAUGCCUAUCGAGUCUUGCUCUUGCCAGAGGAAGAUCUGACUUGGAGAGUCUGGCGCCCGGGGCGGGGGAGCGCAGGCCCAGCGACUUCCGCGCCUCUCCCGGCCAGCGCCCCGCGUCUAGGUCAUGUGAUUCUGUUUGGACUUCUCGCCCACCCCGCCCGCCCGCCUGUUUUGCUAUCGUUUUCUCCCUCCGGUUCCCUUCAAAGCUGUUUAAUUUGCAUCGAAGUCCAAAGUGUCCCUUCCCCCAACCACGUACCUACGGUGUAUUGCAAUAAAAUUGCUUCUUAUAUUUGCAGAAGUUCUUUUGGCGUAAUUUUAU